AGUGCCUGCAAAAAUGGCUAGGGCAGAGAGUGAGGACAUAGAGAGGGUGCCACAAGGGCUCGGGUUUUUGCAGACAGAUUUUAGGUACUUUCACUUCCUCUUUUCCCAGUAGUAGGCGCCAGUAAACGGGCGCUCACAGGACUCUGGGGAGAAAUACAGAUUUAGGAAUUGACUACUUCCCUAAGAGGAGAGUUCACAUAUACCUUACAAGUUAGUUGCUGGGUUUGGGGAUUGGCUUAUUCACUCUGGAAAACAAUUUGGAAUCACAUGAGAGAAGUCACUGGACUCUUCAUACGCUUUUACCCAGCGAUUCCACUACUAGUCACAGACAAAUCCCAUAUCUAUCAAUAUUCGUGAUGCAAAAAAUUGGAAACAAAAGUAGGUCCAUUUGUUGGGGUAAUAUUUUUAAAGGUGGCAUAUGGAUAUAAACGAAUAUUGUAUUUUAAAGUAAUAAAUAAGAUUCAGAAAUUUGGUAAAAACAUGUACGAACCAUGCAGAUAAAAAAAAAAGUAGACCCCUUCAAAACAAACAAUAUACACAAUGAUCAGAUUUCAAAUAUUAUUAUCAAAGAUCAAUAUUAGAGUUAACAGAUGAUGAAUUCCACUUUUCUUUUUUUGGUAAUUUUAUAAAGGAUGAUGGAGUGGGGAAGGGGAAUUACUGUUAAAAAUAGUGUUUAAAAAAAAACUGCGUUCAAGACAUUUUUUUUAAAAAUAAAAGAAACAAAGGUAUUUGAGAGCUGGCUUCGGAACCAAGGCCGUAGAGGGAGUCUAGGGAUGGGGGUGGGGCGUUCUGCGCGAGGGUGCCAGGUCUAGGUUGGGGAGGAGCGUGAUGUCACAGCCCUCCCCCACGCCUCCACAGUAUUUACCUUCGAACGGAGACGGCCGCUGCAGGUAAGGGGGACAGGGUGGAGGAGAAAUAUUGGAAAAAUAGAGGAGCCCGCAAGCAUACACAUUCAACCCGAUUCGGACCUAGACAAUAGGCAACCUGCCCCUUUCCCCUCUACUUUCUAACCAUAGACCGUUAUGAAAUUCACCUUUCUUUCCUGAUGAUUUCCCGGUCCUCCUCCCACCAAAAAACAAACAAACCAACAGCAACAACCAACUCAGACCCGAAUGAAAUAAUCUCCACUCUAGAUUCAGUUUUUGGGUUUGACUCAAUUUCUAAUAACUUCUCUCUCCAACCCCAUUCUCUAUUCUCAGCAGCAAAUAUCUCCUAAGGUACCGCCUUCAUUCCUAAUCCUAGUGACCCUCUUAGUCUAAUACUAAACCAUAGCCAAUCUUCCCCAACUCCACCUUGUGCACUUCACUCAGCCACAAUUCCCAAGACCCCUAAUCAUGUCCCUAUUCACUAUCCACUCCAGUUUUUAAUCCUAGUGAUCCCAGCCCAGCCCUAAAUCUUAGUUCUCACUUUCCUAUCUUCACUCCAUCCUUUCCUACUUUAAUUCCAGUUCCUCACACAUUGUUCCUAUGUUUCUUUACUCCUCUUGUGACUUGACACCGUUGCUCUCCUAGAAAUCAUGGAGUUUGUAUCUGGUUAUCGGGAUGAGUUCCUUGACUUUGCUGCCCUUCUAUUCGGCUGGUUCCGCAAGUUUGCCUCUGAGCGUGGAACUGGGGUUGGUGGGGGGAAUGGGCCUGAGGGUCGAUCAAGGUUAAUGGAGGCUCAGGUGAGAAGGUUGCCCCCAGAUCCUGCCCUCUGGGUCCUUCACAUCUUGCCCAACCGUAGUGUGGGGAUCAGCUUGGGGCAAGGCGCUAAGCAGGGACCUGGACCAGGUCUGGGAGCUGCCCGUCUCUUGGGAGAUGAACCCCCUCUCUGUCUCAGAGACCUCAGUCCCUAUGUCAGCUUUGUUAGCCUUGAGGAUGGAGAAGAAGAAGAGGAUGGGGAGGAGGAAGGCCCAGGUGGAGAGGAAGGUGAACUGGAGGAGGAAGGGGAGCAGGCCACCACCAGCAGAGAGUCUACCCAAGAUGCUGAGACACCUGGGGAACCAGAUGAUGCUGAGGAAGAGGCAGGAGGAGAGGACAGCAGUGGAGGAGACACCAGAGAGGAUGGAGGAGAGGAGGAAAUGGGGCCAGAGAAGAGAAGGGGAAAGAGAGGUGAUGCUGCCCCCCUACAUCUGGCCUGCUUACUUCUGGUGACAGAUGAACAUGGCACUAUUCUGGGCAUUGACCUUCUGAUGGGUGGACCCCAAGGGAGUGGAGGCAGGGCCAUUGGGGCUGAAGGCCUGGCCCAAAGAGCUUAUACUCUCCUCUGCCACAGUAUGGCCUGUCCCAUGGGUGCUGGAGACCCUAGAAGACCUCGACAGCUCACAGUGGGAGACCCCCAGCUACAUCGGGAACUGGAAAGCUUGGUCCCAAGGCUUGGGGUGAAGCUAGCCAAAGCCCCAAUGAGGACAUGGGGCCCCCGUCCUGGCUUCACUUUUGCUUCCCUCCGUGCCCGUGCCUGUCAUGUGUGCCACAGACACAGUUUUGAAGUGAAGCUGAUGCCCUGCCCCCAGUGUGGUGCAGUCUUGUAUUGUGGAGAGACCUGUGUCUGGGCUGACUGGCGACGCAGGCCAGAUGAUGUGAGCCAUCGAUUCUGGUGCCCAAGACUUGCAGCUUUCAUGGGGCGGGCUGGAGAGCUGGCUGCCUUACCCUUCACCUACACUGCUGAAGUAACAAGUGAGAUGUUUAACAAGGAGGCAUUCCUUGCCUCCCGUGGACUCACUCGAGGGUAUUGGACCCAACUCAGCAUGCUCCUUCCUGGUCCUGUUGCCCCAGGAUACCCUCCAGGCAACGGGCCUCCGUUUAGCCUCCUUCUGAGUGGUGAUCCUUAUCAGCUACUUCAAGGAGAUGGACCUCCCCUAAUGCCUCCAGUGCCUCCCGACCCACCUCGGGGCCCUUUUGGUUCCUGGCAGGAUUAUUAUGCAUGGCGUGGCUUGGGCCUGGACUCUCCUUUGGCUGUUCUCCUUACCUAUCCACUGACUGUCUACUAUGUUAUUACCCAUCUGGUACCCCAGUCUUUCCCAGAGCUGAAUAUCCAGAACAAACAGUCCCUGAAAAUCCAUGUGGUAGAAGCUGGGAAGGAGUUUGACCUCAUCAUGGUGUUUUGGGAGCUCUCUGUUUUACUCCCUCAUGUGGCCCUGGAACUGCAAUUUGUAGGUGGUGCUUUGCCUCCUGAGAGUGACCAGCAACAUUUUACCCUACAAAGGGAUGGAUCAGGAGUAUCUGUCCGUCCAGGCUCAGGAGUAUCUGCCCGUCCAGGCUCAGGAGCUAAAGAGAAGGGAAGUCGAAGGGAUCUUCAGAUCAAGGUUUCUGCCAGACCCUACCACCUACUUCAGGGACCCAAACCUGAUCUGGUGAUUGGAUUUAACUCUGGCUUUGGUCUGAAGGACACCUGGUUGAGUUCUCUGCCUCGAUUACAGUCUCUUAGGGUCCCUGCAUUUUUUACUGAGAGCAGUGAGUACAGCUGUGUUAUGGAUGAGCAGACCAUGGCUGGGGCCACCGGAGGGGGAACCAGCCCCCCACAGCCCAACCCUUUUCGUUCACCCUUCCGCCUCCGGGCCACAGACAACUGCAUGCCUUGAUGAGCAAUGACUACCAGCCAUUACUUAGCUCUGUAUUUUAACGGUCCUGAAGGGAGUACCAGGAGGUUCUCAAUCCUGCCUUUUAUCAUCCCCUCCAUUCUGCUACUCCAUAUGAUUGCCACUUAACCUGCAAAAGUCUCAAAGUCGAAAGUCACAGGAACUUCAGGCACUCUGGGUAAUGAGUGUAUACUUCUAGAAGUCUGGAAAAUAUGUGGGAAAUGUGCUAAAUUUGAAAUCAGAGGAUUAUUAGUCUUGUAUUAAUGGUAAUCAUGCCAUUUACAACAAAUGUACAUUAUUACAUUCAGCAGACGUUAUUGUUCUGUCAUAUCUGAUUCUACGUGAUCCUGGGACGUUAUUGUUGGAGUUUUCUUGACAAAGAUACUGGUGGUGCCUGCCAUUUCCUUCUCCAGUGUGUCCCCAUUUUUAUAGAUGAGAAAUUGAGGCAAAUAGGAAGUGUGACUUUACACAUUUGAACUCAGAUCAUCCCAACUCCAGGUCUAGUGCUCUAUCUCAUAUCCAUCUAAAUCCUCCUUCAGCACACAUAAUAAAAUUUGAAGCAUCAUGUCUGUUACAUCCAGGGCAUUGUUAGGGAAAUAGGAAUAUUUUAUUUUAGGCACAAAUCUGCCAAAAUAAAUUUUUAUUUAAUAUUAAUCUAAUAUAUAAGCAUUUCUAGCUUAGAGAGAAAAAUGUCUAAACUUUUCUAGACCUUUCCAUGCGCAAGAAAUUUGAAGUGAAUCUUGAAAAAUAAAAAUAUAGUUUUCAGUUAACAUUCCAGAAAAAUUAUUUAAUCUUCAAUUAGAACAACUCAGUUCCUUCUUUGAUCAUUCCCCUCAAGAAAUGAAACUUCCUCCCUGAGAUCAGUAUUGAUCUCUUAAGAUCAAUAUUAAAAUAGAAGAGAACAUUUUUCUUGAUAGAUCCCUAUGCAAUUGCACCAAGGCAUAGGUAAGGCAAAAAAUUAAGCAAAAGUUAGGACUGGUUAUCAUUUUUAAUCCAUCUAAGAAAGUUUUUAACUUUUAUUCUAACCACUUUCUUAAAUAGAAAAGUCUAGAAAUGGUUUUAGGUAAAAAUAUUAAUACUUUCAGUUGAACUAAAAAGGGUUUUAUUAUGCUUCCAUAAUGUAAUACAUGUUGACAACAUGAAUACAUUCAUAAAUAUAAUACAAAAACAUGUUUUUUUAAAAAGCCCACAAAAUAAUAACAUUAAUAGGCUUAAAUAGUAAAAAGUACAUAUAAACAUUGGCUUAUAUGAAAAUAAGGACUUAGAACAAUACUGCUAAAAGUAGCUAACAAUUUACAAUAGUAAAUACAUGACACUAGCAUAUUAGCAAAUAAAUAGCAAAACAGAAGAAAUCACUAUUGAUUAGAGAAAUGCAAAUUAAGACAACUCUGAGAUACCACUUCACACACCUCAGAUUGGGUAAGAUGACAGGAAAAGAUGCAUUGUUGACGAAUUUAUGAAAUGAUCCAACCAUUCUGGAGAGCAUUUUAGAACUAUACCCAAAACUAUGUAUACCCUUUGAUCCAGCAGCUUCUCUAUGGGUCUGUAUCCCAAAGAGAUCAUUAAAGGGAAAAAAGGAUUCAAGUGCAAAUAAUGUUGGUAGCAGCACUUUUUUGUAGUGGCAAGGAACUGGAUAUUGAGCAGAUGCCCAUCAAUUGAGGAAUGGCUGAAUAAGUUAUGGUAUAUGAAUGUAAUGAAUGAAUGUAAAUAGAAUUAAUUAUUUUCUAUAAGAAAAGAUGAGCAGGCUGAUUUCAGAAAAGCCUGGAAAGAUUUACAUGAACUGAUGAUGCUAAAUGAAAUGAGAAAAACCAAGAAAUUAUUGUAUACAGUAAAACUAAAAUUACAUAAUGAUCAACAAUGAGGGACUUGACUCUUCUCAACAAUGAGAUAAGCUAAGGCAUUUCCAAUAGAUGUGUGAUAGAAAGUUCCAUUUGAAUCCAGAGACAUAACUAUGGAGACUGAAUGUGAAUUAAAGCAUA